CCACUGUCAACUUUGAAUGAACGACGUUUUACACGAAUUUCGAAAUUUGGCGAAGGGAAUCGUGGGAUUAUUUUUAAUUCUACCGAAUAUUUAAGUGUCUUGUGGCUUUUUGUUUUUAAGUUAACAUUAAAAAUGGCUUUCUCCAUGUUCCUUCGCAAUUCAGCAUGCACAAGUCGCAUAUUCAGCCAGCAAGUAAUGCGGCUAGCAACGCAACCUGCGUUCGCGCAGCGCGCCGCGGCCGCCUCCGUGCCCCUCAAGAGCUUAGCUCUUAACCAGAGAAAUAGCACGCCUAUUCUUAAUGCUGUACGCUCCUUCCGCACGACGGCGCCCGCGCUGGCAGAGCACGGGCACGACCACUCCAAGCUCUGGGUCAUCGAGAGAGCCGUCACAGCUGCCAUGGUGCCUCUCAUCCCCUUGGCGCUUCUGAUGCCUAACAAAGUGUUUGACUCGCUACUGGCUAUACUCAUCACUGCACACAGCUUCUGGGGUCUUGAGGCCAUAGCCGUCGACUACGUCCGCGCCAGCAUCUUCGGCCCCUUCAUCCCGAAGCUGGCCAUCGGCCUCGUGUACCUCAUCUCCAUCGCGACCCUCGGCGGCCUCUUCUACAUCAUCAGCCAUGAUGUCGGCAUCGCUAAUGCCAUCAAACAGUUCUGGAGUGUGAAGGCUAAGCAGGCGUAGGUUUUGAGGGGAUACGGCCCUUUUUACAUGCAUGUAUGAAGAAAUCUAGAUCUAAUCGAGCGUUCUACGGAAUUAUAUAUCUUGUCCGGUUUUUUUGACCGUUUUAGGUAUACUUUUUAGCAUUAGGAAGAACUUCGCAGUAUGCAUGAAGAUAUCUAUCGCGAACUUAUUGUGGCAUUACCUAAUAAUAAAAUAAUCUCAAGUAGAAUACUACUUCUAUUUACUAAAAAUUUUUUUACCGCAGAAAGUGCCUGAUUUAAAAUGCCAUGCUUAAUGAAGUAUAGGACUUAUAGGAGUUACUUUUUCUUUUACAAAGAAACUCAAAAGAUGUUUAGAAAAAGCAUCGUCAAUUAAUUACAAUGCUAAUCAGACGAAAAAAAACGCGCGUUUGAACUUUGUACAGAGACGUGGAAUGCUCCUAACACUAAAAUAUUACUAUAAAAAACCUCAUGCAUAUGGAAAGGGUUUAGACGUAUUUGCAAAUCGCUAGGACCAGUAAUGUUAGUCUAUGAUCAUGGAGCUAUUAUCAGAUAUUUUUAAUUUUUAAUUCAAUUGUCUGGAACAAUUGAAAUUUGACAGUACAUGUAGUUAUUUUUUAAGGGUUUAACCUUUUCAACGCCAUGUCAAACACAAAAGCUGUCACUCAGACGCCACGUUACCGAAGUUGAACUUUAUAAUAAUAAUAAAAUUCUUUAUUUCAGGCCAGAUUGCCCAUAGAUUGUUGACUUUAUGCAUACGCACGUAGGUCUAUGUUGCUCUGUGGUCUGUGACGGAUUAAUCCAUCUUCGACGUUGGACCUACGGUGCGGAUAUAUCCGUCAUUGGCUUAAAAAAGGUUAAGCGCUUUUUUUUUUCAGUUUCUACUGGCGCUUACGAUUUGCACUAUCACCGUUUAAGUUAUAGGUAAUAUUUGCUACUAUAAACUCCAAUUUAAAAUAAGUUUACUUGAUUAUUUUUUAGUUGAGGAAACAGCAUUUUCAUAUUUAAUUUUAUGUUUACCUGUUUUUGGCACCAAAACAAACUUUGUUUUUUUUUUUGGGAUAAUUAUAGCGGCAAGUGCUACUAAUAACUACGAAAUUUUAAAUAUUUUGCCAGAUAUUUGACUCGAAAAUGUAUUAGACCUAGGUCAUCUUUUACCAUUUUUACAUUACAUUCAAGUGUAAAAAUAUGGGUACAUAUAACUUACUCAAUAAUAUGACCCAUAGUUUUUAAUUCGCUGACAUAAGAGCUAUGGGACAUGUUUUUGAGUGUGAUGUGUGCACCCAUAUUUUUACACUUGACUGUAUCUAUUUAUUUAGUGACAACUUCGAAAUUUUAAUGAGAUGAAAUUUUUAUUGGCUUAUGUAUUUAAAUUGAUUUUUUUAAAUUUUUAACAUAUGGACUAUGGCUAUAAUGUAUAUUUGCAUGCUUGCUUCGAAUCAGACAUCUGGCUUGGGGCCGUUCAUUUAUUACGUAAGAUCUUACUGUUACAAGAUCCUUGUAUGAUACUUAAAAUUCGAGACAAUACCAGGUACUUAAUGCGUAGCACAAUUCUUUACUUUUUGAAAGUAUCGAUUCGGUUUAGCAUAGUUACCAUUGUGCUGUGAAGUAUCGGUGGGUUUUGAUGUGAUUAAUUUAUUAUAGUUUAAUAAAGGAAGUUCCUUGUA